GUGUGUAUAGAUGUGAUCUCAAUCAUUAGGCCAGAAGUAAAUGAGGGUUUGAAUAAGUAUCCAUAUGUUAAAAAGCUAUGUUCAAGAACAGUUGCUAACACUUGGUAUAUGUUUGCCUCAGUAUCUUAUGCUCUGUUAUGAGUUUUCUGGUUUUGUUGAUAUGAUUCUUUCUGUGGUUUUUGUUGUAGGUUUUAAGUGAUCCUCAAAAGAGAGCCAUAUACGAUCAAUAUGCUGAAGAAGGUCUCAAAGGACAAGUGCCACCCCCUGAUGCAGCAGGGGGAUUCCCUGGUGGUGGUGCUACUUUCUUUCAAACUGGGGAUGCUACUUUCUUGCUUUAACUGAAGAAUUUGAUAGCUUUCAUCAAGUUUGGUGAGGACUGCAUACUUUUCUGGGGUGUAAAUGAUCACAGUGAAAAUGGUGUUGAAAAAAAACUGCUGGGUUAUUUUUGUUCUACUCCUUUUAGGAUUUGUAGCUAAUUUGCACACUGCAAAACGCGCUCCUCGGCCUAGGCCUCGCCGGAUUCUCUUGGAUACAGAUGUUGAUACGGAUGAUUUCUUUACUCUGCUCUACCUCUUAAAGCUUAACAGAUCAGAGUUUGAGUUAGAGGGUGUGACUAUCAACACAAAUUCCUGGACUGAUGUUAGACAUUCUGUGAAUCAAAUCUAUGACAUCCUUUACAUGAUGGGGCGCGAUGAUAUCGCUGUUGGAGUUGGCGGCGAAGGUGGAAUACUAAAAGAUGGUACCAUUCUUCCUAAUGUUGGUGGAUAUCUUCCCAUAAUAGAACAGGGUGUUACAACCACUGGGGGAUGUAGAUAUAGACAAGCUAUCCCAGUAGGUAUUGGAGGUCGUCUGGAUGUUGAUACAAAUUUUGGCAUUAGAAAAGCUUUUCUUCCUCAGGGAAGCAGGAGAUAUAGACCUAUUAAACAACCAACUACUCAGCAGGUAAUGUAUGAGAAAAUAUCUGCAGGUCCUAUAACUGUUAUGGUUAUAGGAGCAUUUACAAACUUAGCCAUUUUCCUUAUGAGAAAUCCACAUUUGAAGAAAAAUGUGGAGCAUAUUUUUGUCAUGGGGGUUGGAGUGAGAUCAAAGAACCCAACAGGUUGUUAUUAGUCUUAUGACUUCCUACACUUUGGUUUUGAGGGUAUUGCAAGAGUACUGAUAGAGUGGCUAUUAAGCAUGUGAACAAUUGAAUUCAUAGCUUGUUGCAGUAAUUAGCUAGAAAAGGAAAGCCAGACUUGUUCUGUUCUGCUUCUAGUUUUAUUGAUGUUGUUAUGUCUACCAUUUCUCUUGCU